AUGGAAGAUAUUGAGAAGAUAAAACCUUACGUUAGAAGUUUCUCUAAUGCGUUGGACGAACUGAAGCCGGAAAUAGAAAAAUUAACAUCGAAGUCACUGGAUGAACAGCUACUGCUAUUAUCUGACGAGAGGGCCAAACUAGAGCUAAUUAACCGUUACGCAUAUGUAUUGAGUUCUUUGAUGUUUGCUAACAUGAAGGUCUUGGGUGUCAAAGAUAUGUCUCCAAUACUCGGAGAACUCAAAAGAGUAAAAUCGUACAUGGAUAAAGCUAAACAAUACGAUAAUAAAAUAAUCAAAUCGAAUGAAAAAUCACAAGCAGAACAAGAAAGAGCUAAGAAUAUUAUUUCCAAUGUUUUGGAUGGUAAUAAAAACCAGUUUGAGCCCUCUAUAAGUAAGAGCAACUUCCAAGGAAAGCAUACGAAGUUCGAAAACGAUGAACCGGCAGGGAGUACGACAACAAAGAUUAUUAACAACACCGAACAGGUAAGGAAGCCUAGCAGUAGUAAGAAAAGUAAAAAGCUGGACAGAGUAGGUAAAAAGAAAGGGGGGAAGAAGUAG